CUCAUUCCACUCACACAAACACAAGCUUCCAUCCAGCUUUCCUCCUCAUCUUCAUCUCCUAGUACUUGUUGUUCCUAGCUAGCUCUAGUUGAGUGAGCUUACUUUUGGGAGCAUCGAGCCCACAAGGCAUGGCUCGCAUGGCGGUGUCGGUGCUGGCGAUCCUGCUCGCCUCUUGUGCCGUGGCGGCGGCGAGCUUCGACAAGGAGUUCGACGUCACCUGGGGUGACGGGCGCGGCAAGAUCCUCAACAACGGCCAGCUCCUCACGCUGGGGCUCGAUAAGAUUUCCGGCUCCGGGUUCCAGUCCAAGCACGAGUACCUCUACGGCAAGAUCGACAUGCAGCUCAAGCUCGUCCCUGGCAACUCAGCCGGCACCGUCACCGCAUACUACCUGUCGUCGCAGGGGCCGACGCACGACGAGAUCGACUUCGAGUUCCUGGGCAAUGUCACCGGCGAGCCGUACACUCUGCACACCAACGUGUUCACGCAGGGGCAGGGGCAGCGGGAGCAGCAGUUCCACCUCUGGUUCGAUCCCACCAACGACUUCCACACCUACUCCAUCCUCUGGAACCCAAAGCACAUCAUCUUCAUGGUGGACGACAUGCCGAUCAGAGACUUCAAGAACCUGGAGGGAAAGGGGAUCGCCUUCCCCAAGAACCAGCCCAUGCGGCUCUACUCCAGCCUCUGGAACGCCGACGACUGGGCCACGCAGGGCGGCCGCGUCAAGACGGACUGGUCCCACGCGCCGUUUUCGGCCUCCUACCGCGGCUUCAAGGCCGACGCGUGCGUGGUGACCGCAGGUGGCCAGCCGCGCUGCGGCGCCAGCGUCGGCACGGAUGCGGCCCCGGGCACCGGCUCCUCUGCCACGUCGGGCGAGUGGUACAACCAGGAGCUGGACCUGACGCGGCAGCAGCGGAUGCGGUGGGUGCAGAGCAAUUACAUGAUCUACAACUACUGCACUGACCCCAAGCGCGUCGCCAUGGGCGUCCCCGCCGAGUGCUCCAUGUAGUGCCCAUGUCCACCGAGCAAUAUAUCCGACAUCUGCUAGCACUGGACUCCGUAUCCGUUGAUCGCCGGAGGAAGACGGCCGGAGAUAUGAAAGAUGGGGUGUAUGUAUAAACCGAAAUCAAUCAAUUAGAAACUGUUGUAAAGUAGCCGGUGGUAGAUUCUUCUGUUCGUCUGUAUAAUCCUGCUCAGGCUCAAUUCGUGUGUAAUACGUAUAUUGCUUCCUUGUUCUUCGUCUGUACGGUGCUCUCUGUUCUAAUUGGAACAGGUUCCUAUUUGUCUUUCUUUUCAACGCUGAAACUUUCGACUGGAUGAA